AUGCAAUUUACUCAAUUUAAUGCAAAUACUCGUGAAAGAAUUUCAGGACAAAAGAAUAUCCGUUUCAUUGGAAUGAAAGGACAAGCUGAUAUUGUAAAAUCAAUCACUGAAGGAGCUGCCAAGAUUGGAAUUGAAUUGAAAAAUGAAUUUAUAGAAUAUUUGUCAUCCUCUAGGACAGAAAAGAAAGAACAACAAUCUCCACAACCAGUUAUAGCUGCAUUUCUUUCUCGAUUUAAACUAAAAUCUUUACUAUUAAAACGAAAAAAAAAAGUAUUCAAACAAGCAACUGGUAUUUCGAUCUUUGAAGAUGUAACAAGGUAUGAUAAAUGGUUAUUAGACCAAAUGCGUGACGGUCUAGAAGAUGAAGAUCGAAAAUAUGUAUUUACCAAAGGAGGAAGAGUUUGUUAUAAAGCAGAAGAUCAAGGCAUCGUAUUUAUUAAUUCAUAUGAUGAUAUUCAAAGAUAUCUAUACGGAUAA